AUGAAAUCCUCAAUACUACCAGUAGCCUUACAGCACAAGCUGGCAGGCUACAGCCGUGUCUCCGGCGCCCAACUAUCCGCCCUCAACUUCGACCUCCUCCGCAAUAUAGUCUUCAUCCUAUUCAUCCUCCGAUACCUUCGCAAAACUUUCUACUCGCUCCGCGGCUACGGCAUCUUCGGUAGCAUCCGCAACCUCUAUAUCUCCCUGCGCCUGUUCUGCUAUGGUCUGUUCCUGCGGACGCCCGGUGUCCGCGGACAAGUCGAUAGGCAGGUCAGCACGGCGAUUACGAAUCUGGAAUCGAAGCUCGUCAAGUCCGGUCCUGAUGUCGUGCGCUAUCUAUCCUUGCCGAAGGAUGGCUGGUCCGGGGACGCAGUGCGCGCGGAGUUGAAUAAGUUGGCUGGACUUGAACAUACGCGUUGGGAGGAUGGUCGCGUCAGCGGCGCUGUCUACCAUGGUGGCGAUGAAUUGUUGAAGUUGCAGGCCGAGGCUUUUGGUCAAUUUGGCGUGGCGAAUCCCAUCCAUCCAGAUGUUUUCCCUGGUGUGCGGAAGAUGGAGGCCGAGGUUGUUGCUAUGGUUCUUGCUUUGUUCAAUGCGCCAUCUGAUGGCGCCGGUGUUACGACCAGUGGUGGCACCGAGUCGAUUCUGAUGGCUUGUUUGGCUGCGAGGCAGAAAGCCUUCUUGGAGCGUGGUGUUACUGAGCCUGAGAUGAUCAUCCCUGACACUGCUCAUGCCGCCUUCAUCAAGGCUUGCAAUUACUUCAAGAUUAAGUUGCACCGGGUGCCCUGCCCUGAGCCUGAGUUCAAGGUUGAUGUGCACGCUGUUCGCCGCUUGAUCAACCCCAACACCGUCUUGCUUGUUGGCUCUGCUCCUAACUUCCCCCACGGUAUCGUGGAUGAUAUCCCGGGUCUCUCCCAACUGGCAACCAAGUAUAAGAUCCCUCUCCACGUCGAUUGUUGCCUGGGCUCCUUCGUCGUUGCACUCCUCAAGAAGGCCGGCUUCCCUUCGCCCUAUGAGGAGGAAGGCGGCUUCGAUUUCCGUCAGCCCGGUGUGACUAGUAUCAGUGUCGACACCCACAAGUACGGUUUUGCUCCCAAGGGUAACUCAGUACUUAUCUACCGUAACAAAUCCUACCGCAACAACCAGUACUUCAUCUACCCCGACUGGUCUGGCGGUGUCUAUGCCUCUCCAUCCGUCGCUGGUUCUCGCCCCGGUGCUCUCAUCGCCGGCUGCUGGGCCAGUUUGAUGAGCGUCGGUGAAACCGGCUACAUCAACAGCUGUACCGAGAUUAUCAACGCGGCACGCAAAUUCGAGGCAGCUGUUCGGAAUGACGCUACCAUUUCCCUCCACAUGGAAAUCAUCGGAAACCCCAUUGUCAGCGUUGUGGCUUUCCGUAGCAAGAACGGUGCCAUCGACAUUUAUGAUAUUGCUGAUGACCUCUCCGCUAAGGGAUGGCACCUGAAUGCUCUGCAAUCUCCCGCUGCCAUCCACUGUGCUUUCACCAUCCCUACUGCCAAGGCUGUUGACCAGCUGAUCACUGAUCUCACCGAGGUCAUUGGAAAAGAACUCGAAAAGGCCGAGCAGCGCAAGCGCGAGGGCAAGUCAUACAUUCUCAAGCGUGGUGACACCUCCGCUUUGUAUGGUGUGGCUGGCAGUAUCCCUGACAAGAGCAUUGUCAACCGUUUGGCUGAGGGCUUCUUGGACACCCUGUACAAAGCAUAA